GACAAGGAGGGGAGGUAUUGGGGAUGGUCUCUGCUUCUUAAACUCCUUAAACAUGAGUGAAUCAGUCCCUCCCACAAUAGUGCCCUGAUCUGGAUCCUUUAGCACCUAUGCGGUGUCUGUCUGAGGACAAGGCUAGGGGCUGAGCUGGAGUGAUUCCUUCUAGUAAGAGAAGCCACUUGCUACAGCUGCUGACAGGGCCAGGAAGCUUUGCAGCCUCUACACAAGCCAACUGCAGGUGGCCCUUAUAAGCUGGUGAUCACCUAGCAUUUCUCACUGCUUGUUAAGUAGGCCUUUAAGUCAAACAGUUGCAAGGAGACCCACAGCAGGGCUAGGUGAAAAUAUGCAAGGACUGGGAAGAACUAAAAAACAGAAAGAGUCAGUGAAGACAGAAUUUAAAGACGAACAGAAGAGAUUCUUACAACAUAACUUAAAAGAUGAAAUGUCUAAAAACAAUUUGUUUUUGAUUCCAAAAGAUCUUAAGGGAAACGAUUUUUCCUCUGACCAAGAUGAUCAAUGUAACCCUCCUCAAGUACUUAAACAGCCUGCUGUUUCAUCAUCUAAACACUCUAAUCAUGCCUAUCCUUUUGCAUCCAGUAAAUAUGUUCUUGACCAUAGUUGUCCAGCAACUGACCUUGAAUAUGAUCCAUUGCUAAAUUAUUCUGCAGGCUUACUUAGCUCUUCUUUAGCAAAAGAGGAUGAAAAUGACAAACAGCAAUUUCAGCAAAUGGAAGCAUCUCCUUGUGACAAUCAACAGAUGUUUUUGGAGACUGUAUUUGAAAACAAACAUGGUUCUCCAAAGAAGAGAGCAAGGAGCUCUUCACCUAUAAAACUUGAAAUAAACCUCCAAGAAUCUGAUGACGAUGAUGUUCUUGUAAUUGAUGUUCCUCCGUUGACUCUCACUAAGAAGCCAAAAAUAAGUAGGAGCUAUAAAAAAUUGGAAUGGGAAGAAAAAUGUGCUUUUGUAACCCUUGCAGAUAAUCUGCAGAACAGAGACAGAGCAGAAGAAUGCAAGUAUGCAGAGGAAAAAAGAACAUUGGGCAGUGGAGGUCUACAGAAAGAUAACGAGGGUUUAGGCAACACUGAAGAAACACUGAAAAUGUCAUCAAAAACUCAAAGCACAAACUUUCUGGAUGUGAAAAGCGAUAUUUUAAAGGUUUCUAAUAACCUCCAGGAACACAGUAACACUCUUACUAAUUCUACUGAAAAUAACAUGCCUUCACUUUAUCAUACUGUGGUAGGAAUGCAGAAAGAGACAUUGAAUACAGGUAGCACACAGACUGAAAUACCCGUGAAAACAUCUAAUGUUGAAGAACAUACUAAUUAUAACUUCCCAAGCACCCAAAGUAUGGUCCAGAGAAGUUGGUGUUCUGAAGAUAGUUUAAAAGAUAAAUCUGCAGUAAACCGGGGUAUUCCUAAGAAAUUAUCAGAAAAUACAAAUGAAGCUCUGCGUAGCUGGGAAAAUGGGAGACAUAAACUGCUGGACAACAUAUCUAGCCAUCCAUCUGAUAAAUUAAAUUUGUUCAAAGAAACUGGUCCUGAUACAGGUGUCUUAAUUAAAAACUUUAAGGAAGGAAGUGAUAGUUGUAGGAUUCAAGCUAACAGCAAAGAAAGUGAAAUAAUUGUAUUAGAUUCUUCUUCUGAAGAGAUGGAUUAUAGUGAAGAGGAUUCAUCGGUCUCUGAAUCGGAUGAUCCCACAGAAGAAUGCCGGAGAAUUUUCAAUGAGUUUGUUGAAAGUGAAGCACUGAAGGAAAAGAUGGCUAACCAGGCCCAUGGAAUAAAUACUGAAGCUGAGGCAUUGGAUUCCAAGACAAAUACAGGUUUUGGGCAGAAGAAAAGAAUUGCUCAUACUGCAAAAUUUGAUGUACAAACUAGCAAAGAAAUAAUUGUGCCUUUUAAAGCACCUCCUCCACAGCAGGCCAAUGCCAGAAUCCUGCAGGUACAGCACCAGGCAGCGCAGAUAACAGCUGCUGUUAAGAGUGGCCAAGCUUUUGUUGCUGCAACUUCUGGGCAGAAGAAAAAUGUGUCUGGAUCAUCAAUGACUCAGAGUCAAAGUGUAGGAUCAAUGGUCUCUUUAAAUAUGCUUGAAGUUCAGCCUGUUGCAACCAGUCAACUGAAUGUGGUUCUACAAGGAAAUGCUGUAAUGGGAAUGCCAUACAGAUCUUCUACUCUCUCGGUAAAAAGGACUGCACCCAUGCCUAUGAAGGUUUCUACACGGAGGAGGCCUUCUGUAAUUCCAGAAUCCGGAUCCAAAGUAUCGCAUGACACAAGGCAACGAUAUGUCAACUUCUUUGUUGAAGAAUAUAUGAAAAUCUGUAGAACAGUAAAUGAAGCAUUUGACAAGGCAUUGGCUGAGGAAAAGGCAAUUUAUGACCGUUGUGGCAGUAAAAAUAUGUACCUGAAUAUUACUGUGAACACUCUUAAAAAGCUGAGGGAUCACGGUAGCCUCUCUUCCAAUGGGCAAGCUAGUGGCAGCAGAUCUACCAAUGCAAAUGGAUCCGGAAAGUCAGAAGAGAAAAAUGAUCUUACAGGAAUUGUUCUCUAUAGACUACUGAAAGACUACAUCCUGACUGACGAACAACUAAAUGUAAAUCAUUUCCCUCAACCAAAUCCUGAAAAGCCUGGCAGUGCUGUAUUGAACGGAGUUACAAAAACGGCUGUAUCUGACCCUUGCAAAAGAACAUGCUGUAGAUGUGGAAAAAUAUAUGCUGUAACUUCUUCAGGAAAGCAUAUUCGUAAAGAAGAAUGCAACUACCAUUUUGGUAGAGUACAGAGGCAUAAAGUUCCUGGUGGCAUGGAAUCCCGCUACAGUUGUUGUGAAGGAGUUGUGGGGUCUCCCGGAUGCCAAGUUGUAAAGCUCCAUGUCCAUGAUGGACGAAAGGAAAACCUAGAAGGUUUUAUGAAGACCUUUAUCAAACCACCUCCACCUGAUGGGAACCAUGGGGUGUAUGCACUGGACUGUGAGAUGUGUUACACAACACAAGGCCUGGAGCUUACUAGAGUGACAGUGGUAGAUCCCGACCUACAGGUUGCCUAUAAUACAUUUGUUAAGCCUGAUAAUGACAUCAUAGACUACAACACAAGAUUUUCUGGAGUCACAGAAGAGGACCUGAAGAAUACUACAACAACUAUUCGGGAUGUACAGGCCAUCUUGUUAAACUUGUUCAGUGCAGCUACUAUUUUAAUUGGUCACAGCUUGGAAAGUGAUUUAUAUGCUGUUAAGCUAUUCCAUAACACUGUUGUGGACACAUCAAUAGUGUUUCCUCAUCGGCUAGGUUUGCCUCAUAAAAGAGCACUUAAAAAUCUAACAGCUGACUAUCUCAGAAGAAUUAUUCAAGAUGAUGGUACUUCUGUCUCUCUGCUGUGUCUUCCAUAGUAAAGAAAGAAUGCUGAAAAUGAAGAUGUGGGGUGGUAGUUUUCAACCUUUUUGGACUCAAGACACACCCCGCCAUAACUUUCGUGAAUUGAGUGGCACCCAGUUUCAAAAACAGAUUUAUAUAUUAUGGUCCUUAUCUUCUUCCAAGUGUUUUGAGCAGAGAGGUUAGGAAAUCCUUCAGGCAGUGACUAUCCUGUGCUGGUGUUAUCCACCUUGCUUAUCUCCUCCUUUCUGCAUUCUCCAAAGCACCCCAGGGUGCCCCAAUACUCUGGCUGAGAACCACUGAUUUUUGGGGUGAAGUUGUUGCUCUUAAAGUUGUUAACUAUUUGUUGGAAUGGCCUAAAGAGAGUACAGAUCUGAGUACUCUCAUCAGCAUCUUAAACUAGUAGCAUGUUUUUCUUAAAAAAAAAACAACAACCCCCCCCCCCCCCAUCUUGGAAUAUUUGUUCCCAUAUCUCAAAAUGGAUUUACCAAAAAAAAAAAUAUGCAGGUUCUGUGCCUAGGCUUUAGUCAUUCUGUUGAUGCAUAAAUAUUACUUGAGAUGGUUACUUUUAAUCCAAUAGUUGGUAUUUUUCCCUUUCCAGGGUUCAGUUUUAAAGUAAACUUUUAAAAUUUAAUUUCAUAUAAUUUGUCUCCAAUGUGUAGAUGCCUGUAAGCAAUAAUAUUAUAAUAUUUUGCAGCUCUGAGCAGCACUCAAACCAGAUUGUUUCAGUGAAGUGAAAUAGCUUUAUGCAGACUUCUGUUUUACCACAGACUGCUUCCAGUUCCCCAGGCUAGCUUGCAUAGCAUAUGCCACAGGCCUACAUUGCAUUGGGUGCAUCAGAUGCUACAUCACCAUGUGCCCAUUGUAACAACCUUGGAUUGUUUGUUUGCUAUGGUAGGGUGCUUAACCUUUUGACCCUAUGGUCCAGCUAAAGGCUAUGGGGCCAGUAUGGGCUGGAUCGAGCUCUGGGAACCCUGCACUUCCCUCGCCCAGCCACACAAGCAAGUAUCAAGCUUUAGGGCCCUUGUGCUGCCUCUGCCCAGCUUUGGAGCCAUGAGAAGCCCUGUGCGCCAGAUGACAUGGCACUGGGGACUGAACACCCCUGUUUUUUGGCAGUCUUUUUUUAAAAUGAAAAACAAGGGUGCUGGGAGGGAUUUAAGGAAGUAAAAAGAUCUUAAGUAGAACUAGAUACAAGCUUCAGCCGUAUUACAUGGAAGAUUUGUUUUGACUAUUGUGGCAGCUGAGGUCCCUGUAGCAAGGCAACAUGACUGGCUCAGCAAGCUCACUGCCAGUGCUAGCCAGAGGCUUUGGCUUGGAGCUUGCUCAGUGGCAGUGGGGGCAGCAGUG